CCCCAAGAACACGCUAAUCUCUCUCAAGAUAUGUCAUCACUCUGCAUUCCUGACCCUACUUUAUUCUUAUUCUCAUCUUCAACUGGAGCUCUUAAAACAUUAAUUAAUAGAGCUAGGGAAAGUUGUCCAUAAGAUUGAUCUCUCGCAUCCUCUCCUCCAAAGUGAUCUCUAGCAAAGCUCUGACUUCAAAAAAAUGGUGAAAAACGUGGGCUUCCUCGUCUGCGUCUUCAUUAUGGUCGUCGACACUGUGGCAGGGAUACUUGGGAUGGAGGCUGAAAUCAUUCAAAACAAGGUGAAACAUUCGAAGGUACUUUGGAUGUUUGAGUGCAGAGAACCAAGCUACAAGGCUUUCCAGCUAGGGUUGGCUGCUGCUAUACUUCUAGCAAUUACUCAUUUUGUUGCUCACUUGUUGGGUGGGUGCACUUGCAUUUGGUCAAGAGAAGAUUACGGGAAGUCUUCACCUAACAAGCAAUUAGCAGUUGUUUUCCUCCUUUUCUCCUGGAUUGCAUUAGCCGUUGGAUUGUCGAUGUUGAUCAUAGGAACAUUGGCGAAUUCAAGAUCAAGAAAGUCAUGUGGGAUAGCACACAAUCGCAUUUUGUUUAUCGGAGGGAUUGUCUGCUUUGUUCAUGAAUUGUUCACAGUUGUCUACUAUGUCUCCGCCGCUGCCGCCAAAACAGAAGAAAAGCAGAACAGAAACCCUCGGGGAGGUCAUGCAACCCAAGCUUAAAUUUGUCAUUUGUCACUCUUCUUUUUGCUUCUUUGUGAUUACAUAAUGUUAAAUGGCACAUUAAUUGCCAAUUCAAAUGACAAUAGAUGCACGAGUGGAUAGAUAUAUAUACAAUAUUCUGAGAAGUUCGGCUUUAGCUCAGUUAUCAUCGCCUGAGUUAAAAAAGAGUACCUAUAAAAGAGUGCUGCAUGAAUUGAAGAACUUGAUGCUGCAAUGUCAGAGACUUUUGCUUUGCUUCUUA